AUGUGGAGCUCCGGAUGCGGCUCUGACAGCAGAUCCGGUGGCGGAAGCGACCCGGAGCGCGAGCGGCGCGUCCGCUCGGACGGCGCGAGGAAGUGCGGGGCCCGGAGGUGGACCAACCGUGGCAUGUCGCCGCCGGAGAGCUUCUGGCGGAGCGAGACGGAGGAGUACGACCGCCGGCGCGCGUCCUUCUCCUCGGCGAGAUCUUCGUACGCCGGGAGCUCCUCCUCCUCUGAAAUCGAGAGAAGGAACACCAGAAUAUUAUCGAGGAGAGACGCGUCAGGAGGUUCGACCAGAGGCUAUUCGAAGAAACUCAAGAUUGCUGUGCCUUACAAACCGGGCUUUAACGUAUUUGUGAAUGCAACUACUGAAAAAGUCACUGGCUACUGCAUUGACGUCUUUGAGGCUGCCGCGAAGAACCUACCACAUGUUCUUGAUUACCACUUCGUUGUAGUCGACGGUUUGUAUGACCAACUAGUACGCAAUGUGUCUUCAGGGAUCUUCGAUGCAGCAGUGGGUGACAUAACCAUAACUGCUGAGCGAGCUGUUCAUGUGGACUUCACGAUGCCAUACAUUGAGUCGGGCGUGUCAUUGCUUGUGCUCAACGAGGAUGACUCCAAGCCAACAAUUGAAUGGGUCUUCUUAAAGCCACUGACAAUGGAACUUUGGCUAGCAAUUGUGGGUGGCUUCUUUCUCACUGGAAUAGUUGUGUGGAUGAUUGAGCGGCCUAAAAACCUGGAGUACCAAGGAUCGAGUUCGAGACAGUUCAGCACCGCUCUGUACUUUUCUUUCUCUACUUUGACAUUUUCUCAUGGUUAGCACUUUGGGCUCAAAUUUGCUCACAAUACAUUUCUUUCUCUGCUUUGACAUUUUCUCACUUUGGACAACUUAUAUUGUGUCUGUAAUACUCCAUUUUCUUGAUAAUCAUAAUAUCUGCACAGGUCAAAUUAUUAGAAGCCCUCUGUCAAAAAUUGUUGUGGUGAUAUGGUGCUUUGUCGUGCUGGUUAUAGUGCAGAGCUACACAGCUAGCUUAUCAUCCAUUCUGACUGCAAAGAGGCUCCGUCCUUCUGUGACAAAUCUUGGUCAGCUCCUGUCAAAUGGUGAUUAUAUUGGAUACCCAUCUGGAUCAUUUGUAUAUUCUGUCUUGAAAAAACAAGGCUUCACCGAAAAUAGGUUAAAGGCUUAUGCGAUGGAAGAGGAAUAUGCUAAUGCUUUGAGAAAGGGCUCAAAGAAUGGAGGCGUCGCGGCUAUAGUUGAUGAGAUCCCCUAUUUAACCUCUUUUCUCUCUGACCCUCGAUAUCAUAACGAGUUUCAGAUGGUUAACGGCUUAUAUAAGACACCUGGAUUUGGUUUUGUACGCUUCUCAUCCCAGUGCCUUCAGUAGAUUCACUUUCCAUCCUUACAAGAGUUACACUGCGUUCUGGACAAAACCAUGUGGUCUAACUAGCAUGCUGUUUAUGUUUUCAGGUGUUUCCACAAGAUUCUCCACUGGUACAUAGUCUUUCAGUUGCCAUCUUGGGCCUGAUAGGUGGGGAUGAGGGAUCACGAAUUGAAGCGAAAUGGUUAGGCACAGCAACACCAUUGCCGAGUUAUGGUAUCCCCAACACAGAUGCCACACCUCUCACUUUGCGAAGUUUCUCUGGUCUCUUCAUCAUCACCAUAUGUAUCUCAGCUCUCAUGCUGUUGAUAAGGAUUGCCAAGUUGGUUCAUGCCAAAUACACCAAAGUGAGGGAUUCUGAUAUGCAGAGUGCCAAUGGGGAUGGUGGAAGUGAAGGCCACGCAGGAUCUGUUCCGCUGCAGAACGACAUGGACGAUGGGCCUAUGGCUGAUCAACCCCACCAUGAAGCCAGAAAUGAGGAUCCCCAGGUUGUCAGUGGGAUCGGAGAAAGUCCUGGUGAUGUAGAGCCCAAUGGCUAUGUGCCUGAACACGCCAUCCUAAUCGAGAUGAGCACUCGAUGAGAUGACGACAACUGUUCUGCAUAGUGUGCAUCAGAAGAAAUGAAAAAUACUUCUGUUCCAUCUUAUGUGGAUAUUCACCAAUGUCCCAAGGGAAUGAGUGUAAGAAGGGUUGAUAGGCCCAAAUCACAGCCUAUCUAGG